AAGGGUUUAUUUUGUUAAUUUUUAUGUUAUUUAAUUUUAAAAAAAGGAAAAGUUUGGGGGUAGAGUUGAAAAGAAUGGUAAAGGAGAUGGGACAUGUGAAUUUGGUCAAGGAUUUGGGGACCAAAGUUGUCGUCUUUGACCAUUGUUUAUUUGACCACAAGUGGUCUUCUUUUUCAACUUUUCUUUUUCUUUCUUUAUUAAUUUUUGGAAAAGUUUAG